AUGCCGGCCACUAGAGUCAUCAAGCAAACCCCGGUGGAGCCUUCGGGGAAAACUGUGGACAGAGCCAGACCGGUGAAGGUGAAGGCGGUUAACGGAGCCCAGAGUGAACUCAAAGUGCCCACUGUGCGGAGAGGCCGCGCGUCGAGCUGCCCCAGGUUUUCGCAGAAGGACAAGGGUCAGGAGGGGGGCUCCGGGCCGAGGCGCACGGGCCUGAAACCGGGCUGUGAGAGGAGGGCCAGGUCCAGCUCCAACGCGCCAAGAAAUAAACCGGACGGUCGGAAGGUGGCCAGCUCGGUGAGGAGUGCCAACAUGACCCCGAAAUGCCCGAGGAUGAGCCUGUGUCAGCGGGAGCAGAGGGGGGUCAGGGCGGAGAUGAAACAUGCCAUUCAGAGGUGAGAUAACCUGGAUUAGUAAUAGAGAUGCACGAUCCAUUUUUUUCCGAGCCAAUCCGAUAUCGAUACCUGGGCUAAGCGUAUCGGCCGAUUUCCCAUACCGAUCCAAUACUACUGUUGAAUGAAUGAACUUUAUACCUUGCCCUGUGUGUGAAGGCAUCAGGCUUGACAUUAACCUUAUUGAAAAAAGGUAGCAAAUUAACACAAAUAUAAAUUUACUUAAUAUUAUUGAUUAACAAAUAACAAAUCGCACAUUAGCUCACAGCAAAAAGAAGUAAGACUUCCAUGUAUUAAAAGAAAAAUUAAUUUAAAGAAAAAAAAAGACUGGAUCGGCAUCAUUCAUCAGAUAUCCAAUCCAGUUAAUUAGUCAAUAUAAGUCAAUAUAUAUCGAAGCCGAUAUCCGAUCCAAAUAUCGGAUUGGUGCUGGUUAGUAAGUUAGUAAGCCUUAUUCUGCAACACUCUGUGUCUUCUCCUCUGAAACAGCUGUUAAAGCUGCUGUAAGGAGUUUUAUCUGAUCAUGAAACAGCUGUAAGUAAAACCUGUGUUUUUAAUACCUGUGAAGGAGCCUGGAGGUUGUUAGAAAAGGUAUAUAGGCUUUUUAUUUACAUAAUACUGCUGCUUAAGAUACUACAUUCUGAUUAGUCUUUACAUUACAAUAGUUUGUCAAUGUCAGCUUUAUUUAUAUAGCACGUUUAAAAACAGCCAGUGGCCUACCAAAGUGCUUUACAGUAAAAUAGCCAGAAACAAUAAGAACUAUAAAAACAAUAAAAGCAUAAAACAUAUAAAAAUAUUAAACAACAAAUAAAUAAAAGACCCAAGUAAAGUAGCUAUAUCCCCAAAAGCUAAAGUGAACAGGUGUGUCUUGGUGUUUUAAAUGUGGAAAAGCUAUCGCAGUGCGCACUGUCAGGGGUAAAGCAUUCCACAAUGUGGGAGCCACAACAGAAAAUGAUCGAUUUCUCCUAGAUUUUAAAAAAGCUCCAGGAACGUCUAAAACCACCUGAUUAGCUGACCUCGGAGUUCUGGAGGGCAGAUGCAAUUUAACAAGGUCAGACAGAUAUUUUGGGAUGUUCAGAGACAUAAAAACAAAUAAAAGAAUCUUAAAAUCGAUCCUGUACAGGGAGCCAGCUAGUUUGUUGCAAUGGUCUGUUAUUUCUUGCUAGCAGUCAGUGACAAAGAAGAACAGACUGUUGCCAUAGAUACCAUUCUACAGUUCUUACACUAAUACACAGCAAAUGUCAGUUAAUUUGACAAAGGAAAGGGAAAAUCAGAAUGAGAGAGGGUUUGAUAUUUGAUUAAAAGAAAAUGUAAUAUGUUUAUGCUUAACAUGUGAGAAACAUAGUCUUUAUUCCCAUUUCCACAGCAUACAUUACAUAAGAAAUUAUAUGUAGUAUAGUGAGCAGGUGGGCAAACACUUUUUCUUACAGCUUAAAAGUGAUUUUCAGAGUGAUUCCUGCCAUUUCCUCCUGUUAGUCUGGGGUCAGGUUAUGGAGGUAGUGGUUUAAACAAGUUGCCCUAAAAAUCUCUCUCCCGGCAACACUUUCCACCUUCUCCUGAGGGAUCCAGAGGUGUUUCCAGGCCAGGUGGGAUAUAUAAUCCCUCUGGUGAGCUCUGGAUCUACCCAAGGGCCUCCUUCUGGUUGCAACACACUUGGAAAAACCUCUAAAAACCACCUUAACCAACUGGCACCUGUGCAAAGGAGCAGUGCCUCCCUUUUAUGCCACAUUGUCAACAGGCAGAGGUGAAAUGUGCCGGAUUUGUCCAUCUAAAAGAUUCUUUCAGGGGUUUUGAAUUUCUCUUUUUGCUGUUGUUAAGCCCUGUGGGCCAUAAAAUAUCAGGUAUCUAUAUUUUGACAGAGUGUAAAUGGACAGCUAAAACCAGACCGUUCUGUUAGAUUCCAGUCUGGUGGGCUGUGUUCUGGUCUCUGUACUGGUCUCUGCAUAAAGUCAGGUAGUCGCCCUGCUGCUGCAUGUCACCAUCUGUUCCUCUGGAUUAAUCCCCCUCAGUCCUCACGGAGCUGCAGGUGAACUUUAGCAGACUUGCCUGUCACUGUAAACAUCCACUGACAACAGAUGCUUUCUUUAAUUGAUUCAGACUUUAGAGCCAGGAGCUGCUUCUACGGAGGGAGAGAGGGAACAGAUUUCAAAAGGCGAAGUGCUCUCUCGUUCUGUGCUGGUGGACUAUCAGCUGAGGGCCUGUUUGUCAUUGAAUCCACCACAGAGUCUUCACCAGCAUGUGUUCUUGUGUUUCAGUUACAGAGCUUUCACUGUCAUCCCCCCGAACCCUAAGAAACGAAGAGAGAUCCAGAGGAGUGAGUCGCCCUCAUCUUACACCAUCUGUAACCUGGUGGUUUUUUUUAUGUUUGGUUAACAUUCGUUGUAAUUUGUGAUUGGUGGAGCAGAGGCGGAGGCGGAGCUUGCUGCGUUGGAGGAGCUUCGGUUGAGCAGAGCGAUGGCUUAUGUCUCCAUUAACCCCAGCAGUGUUGGUGAGACGCAGCUACACAGUCUUUCUUCUUUUCAUGUAGGGGAGAGUGGGGUAAGUUGAGCCACCCCCUGUUGCUUGGAAAUGGUAAAAGAAAUUGAUCAUGUGACCAAAUAUUUAGGAGAUGGGCAUCAAUUCAUGGAGUCAGUGAAGGUUAGAAGCACAUGGGUGAAGAGGUUAGACAUUUAUUUAUAUAAAAAAAACAUUUUUCACCCUUUAAAGUUAAAUUAGUCUGUCAUAAGUUUUGUUGGAAUUGUGUUCAGACCAAAAAAGAUCAUUUUAAAUUUGUUUUAUACAUCAAUUGUGGCAUCUAGGAGCUACAACAUGAGGUCAAAAUCCUAACAUAGAAGUCCACUUUAGCAUUUUAGAGGACUGAUAAAGUCAGAGACAAAACUGUAGUGAUCUGAAAUAUGAAAAAUGGCUCAUCUUACCCCACUCUCCCCUACUCCACGUUCUUUAGUGAUACUCUUAUAUCUUUUAACCGCUGGAGGAAUCCUCCUUUAAUCUGAGUGUGUGUGUUGGUGUGUUUUUGUGUCAUCAGGCGGCUGUAUGAGCCUGGAGGAGGUACGGUCGAAGCAGCAGCAGGAAAUGAUGAAAGCCAAGAGGAAACAGAAACCGGUCAGACAACUGAUGACUUGUUUACAUUUUAUUCAUUUCAAGAAUCCAGUUGUGCUCAUAAGAACUCCUGAAACAAAGUGCAUGUUUUACAGUUGUGAUGUUUGGGAAUCCAGUCGAGGCCGGGAGCAACGGGACAUCUGUCUCUUUUUUAAAUAUAGAAAAGCAUCUGCGUUUUGUGCCCUGACGGUCUUUGUGUUUCUUUUGUUUCAGAUAAAGAACCAAGUGAUGGAGUCAACGCCUGUCCUGGAAGUCUGA